AUGACAGCCCUCAUAAUCUUCUGUGGGUCCUUCAAUCCAGUAACAAAAGCCCAUAUAUCUAUUAUAGACAAAGCAAUAGAUUUUAUCAACAAUCUCACCUGCGACGAUGGAACUUUGCUAGAAGCAGGGACCUACCGGGUCCUGAUUUCACCGGUUCACGACAGCUACCCUUGGAAGAAGCUUGCUCCCGCCAAGAACCGCAUCCGGAUGUUGGAGCUUGCCAUUGAAGAUAGCAGGUAUCAAGACCUCAUCGAGAUCAAUACCUACGAGGCUUUAAUCCAGCAGAGCUUUACGCCCACAUAUGAUGUCUUGUGCCAUCUGAAGGAGGGAUAUCCGGACAAGAACAUGUACUUUCUGUGUGGAGCUGACUUAGUGGAGUCUAUGACCAAUACAGCGGUAUGGCCGGCGUCCAGCAUAGAGAAGAUCUUUCACAUCUGCAAGCUUCUUGUAGCGCCGCGGAACCUCGGAACAGGGUCAAUAGAGACCUGUGAGCUUUUCAGAAAGAUCCUCGAGCACCCUUUGUUACACCAUGCAAAGGAGAAUGGGCAGCUAUUCUUCCUACCAGACGUUUCUCUGGAUUGCAGCAGCUCCGAUGUAAGAGCAUAUUGUGCUGACAGCUCAUCGACAUUCAGCGGCUUUGGAUUGCCUGACGAAACAGACGUUGCCAUGAAGAAGCUCGCACGAUACGUGCCUUUCAGUAUCAUGGCCUACAUAAAGAAGCACCAUCUGUAUGAAGCCCACUACAGCUAA